CGUCCAUGGACCCUCUGGCUCCGCUGCUUUCGUCAGUGACUUGGAGCGCUCUGAGAACUUUGUGAACUCUCCGUGUUGGAGUGGGAAGGGAGAGGAAAGGGGAGCAGUUGAUGGGACGCAGCCCGGCAGCAGCAGCAGGCUCCUCUGGAGACGGCAUUGGGACUCACAGCUGGAGAUAAUCCCCCGGGUCAUGACAAGACAGCGCCUCAGCCUCCUAACCCCCCUGGCUCUGCUGGGACUCCUUGUGGGGCUCGCGGAACUCAGCCGCGGCUCUGCCGGUGAGGAUGAGGAUUACUACAUGCAGGAGCUGCUGACAAGAGAGCAGUACAACCAGGUCCAAGUGCUGGAGAAGCCUGUGGCCUCGAUACCUGACAGGCGUGGGCACCCCAGCCAAAACCCUGGCAAGAAAGUGCCCAAGGGAAAAGCAGACAGCAGCAGGCAGACGGAUAAAACCACUGCUGAUGCAAAAUCAGUGAAAACAGCCAACAAAAAGGCAGACAAGAACAAGAAGAAUGGCUUGAAAACCCCAAACAGCAUCUCAGAAGGAGAAGGACAAUACAGCUCGCUAAAAGAGGAGUGCCCUCCCAUGGGACUGGAGACAUUGAAGAUUGAUGAUUUCCAGCUUCACGCUUCAACUACAAAACGCUACGGCCUUGGUGCACACAGAGGUCGUCUUAACAUUCAGGCUGGCCUUUAUGAAGAUGACCUCUAUGACGGGGCCUGGUGCGCUGGGAGGGAUGACCCGCUGCAGUGGUUCGAGGUGGAUGCCAGGAGGCUGACAAAGUUCACAGGGGUCAUCACACAAGGCAGGAGCUCCCUCUGGUCGAGCGACUGGGUGACCUCGUACAAGGUCAUGGUGAGCAAUGACAGUCACACCUGGAUAACAGUGAAGAACGGCUCAAGGGACAUGAUCUUCAUUGGCAACAGGGAAAAGGAGAUCCCGGUCAGGAACAUCUUCCCAGCGCCAGUGGUCGGCCGAUACAUCCGAGUCAACCCUCGCUCUUGGUAUCACAGCGGCAACAUCUGUAUGAGAGUGGAGAUCCUUGGCUGUCCUAUGCCAGAUCCAAAUAAUUAUUACCACAGACGCAAUGAAGUCAUAACAACAGACGACUUGGACUUCAGACACCACAGCUACAAAGAAAUGAGGCAGCUCAUGAAGGUGGUCAAUGAAAUGUGCCCCAACAUCACCCGGAUCUAUAACAUAGGAAAGAGCCACAGUGGGCUGAAACUGUAUGCCAUAGAGAUCUCUGACAAACCAGGAGAGCAUGAAGUUGGUGAACCAGAAUUUCGUUACACAGCGGGUGCCCAUGGUAACGAGGUGCUGGGACGAGAGCUGCUCCUCCUGCUGAUGCAGUUCAUGUGUCUGGAGUAUCUGUCCGGCAACCAGCGGAUACGUCACCUGGUGGAGGAGACCAGAAUCCACCUACUGCCAUCUGUCAACCCUGAUGGGUACGAGAAAGCCUUUGAAGUGGGUUCAGAGCUCAGCGGCUGGUCUCUGGGUCGAUGGAGCAAUGUUGGAAUAGACAUUCACCACAACUUCCCUGAUCUCAACUCCAUACUGUGGGAAGCCGAGGCCAAGAAGUGGAUCCCUCGCAAAAUGUUUAACCACCAUGUGCCCAUCCCGGAGUGGUACCUGUCCAAAAACGCCUCAGUUGCCGUGGAGACACGGGCUCUGAUAGCAUGGAUGGAGAAGAUGCCCUUUGUGCUGGGCGGUAACAUCCAGGGAGGGGAGCUGGUGGUGACCUUCCCGUAUGACAAAACACGCUCCCAGGGAGUGGCCAGGGAGUCGACCCCCACCCCGGAUGACCACGUCUUCCGCUGGCUGGCCUUCUCCUAUGCUUCCACCCACCGCCUGAUGACUGCCGCCAACCAAAGGGUCUGCCACACAGAGGAUUUCGCCAAGGAGGACGGCACCAUCAACGGAGCGUCCUGGCACACUGCGGCUGGCAGUAUGAAUGAUUUCAGCUAUUUGCACACCAACUGCUUUGAGCUGUCGAUGUACGUGGGUUGUGACAAAUUCCCUCAUGAGAGCGAACUGCCUGAGGAGUGGGAGAACAAUCGCGAGUCUCUUCUUGUCUUCAUGGAGCAGGUGCAUCGUGGGAUCAAAGGUGUGGUGAGGGACCUGCAGGGUCGCGGAAUCGCUAAUGCUGUCAUCUCUGUGGAGGGCAUCGGCCAUGAUAUUCGCACAGCUGCUGAUGGCGACUACUGGCGCCUGCUGAACCCAGGAGAGUACAGAGUCACAGCCAGGGCCGAGGGCUACAGCGUCACCAGUAAGAAGUGCGAGGUGGGCUACGAGAUGGGCGCCACCACGUGCGACUUCACCGUCGGCCGCACCAACCUGUCACGAAUCAAAGAAAUAAUGGAAAAAUUCAACAAGCAGCCGAUCAGAUUGCCCGUCAGGCAGCUCCAAGCUCGCAGGUCCAGAGAGAGACGCCUGGGAACAUAAUGACUGUACGAGGAAGAAUUAAAAACAAACAUCUGCUCCGAUCAGACCGGGGUUUGGACCUCUGUCAGAUUCCUCCAGAGUGCUGUCAGUGGAAUUAUGUUGGAAGAUUAAAAAUGUGGAUUAAUUUAAACGGGAUGCUUUGUUUUUUGUUUGGUUUGGUUUUGUUUGGUCCCCAGGCAUAAGCUCUCUCUGUGUUCACUGUCGUCAUCUCAGCUUCUCUUGAUAUCCACUGUAAACGUUUAUUUCAUUCUGUCAAAGGCUAAUUCUACGUUUAUGACCCCUCUUCUUUGGUUUAUAUUGUUACAUUAUUUCUAAGACAUCUACCAUCAUUCAUUGUGACAUCACCUAUAAAUGCUGACAAAAUAUAAUCACAUUAGAACUUAUUUUUUUAAAUAAAAGAAAACUGAAAUAUGAGUUACAGAUGAGGAAUCUGUCUCAGCAUCUGAUUUUAACCACUGUGAGGAAUGGCCAUGACUGUCAUUAUGUACAUACUUAUUAACUUAUGUAACACAGUUAUGUAAAAGCUUUAUUAUCUGCACUUGUACAAUUUCCAGUCCUGUCAGAAAAAAACGUGUGGACUCAGUGGCCUUUUGUGUGUCAUUGAUUAUUUUUUUUACACUUCAGUUUCGGCACGUUAUUAAAUAAAGACGAUGUUUGCACAAA